GCCUGAGUUGGAGCAUGAUCUCAUUCUCUAACAACCAGAGACAGAUAUAAAUUAUGCUGUGCUGGAGAAGUACAGAAGACUUCCAACUGCACAUCUAAAGUACAUGUAAAGGACUGCAAUACAAAACAGACAGCUAUGGGACUACUCCUUGUUGAAGACCUGGUAACUGCCAAGAAAUUUGACAGUGAUGAGUCCACUGUGCACCUACAAGAGCACUUUGCACCAGGAGAAUAUGAGGCAGCCAUCAGGAAUGAAAAACAAGAUGGACAGAGAUGUCCUGAAGAUCUGACCAUCACCCCUGUCUCUGACAUUGUUUUGCAUGACACUGACAAUAUAGCAUUAAACAUAGACAAACAGGGCCGACUCAAGUUGGAGACAGUGGAGGAUCUUCACAAUAUUCUGAAACUGAAAAAACGAAGGAGGGUGAUUAGAGCACUAGCCCCCAAAAAAGGAAUUGAACCUGAAACCCUUCCUGAUGUGGUGGAUGAAACUAUGUUCCUGAAAGCAGCUGUAGAUAACAAAAUGUCAGUAAUAGAGAAGUACCUGGCUGAUGGUGGCGAUCUUAAUGUCUGUGAUCAUUUUAACCGGACAGCACUACACAGAGCGUGCUCAGAGGGCCACGUGGAGCUGGUGAAGAGACUAUUGGAAGCUGGGGCUUUGACUGAGAACAAAGAUAAACUGGAUUCCACAGCUGUACACUGGGCCUGUCGUGGAGGCUCUCUGCCAGCCUUGGAGAUACUGCUCAACCAUGGGGGAAAGAUUGAAGCAAGGGACAAAUUGUGCAGUACUCCCCUACAUGUUGCAGUAAGAACUGGACAUUAUGAGUGUGCUGAACAUCUCAUUCACUGUGGUGCAGACAUCAAUGCAAGGGACAGAGAGGGAGACACACCCCUGCAUGACGCUGUGAGAAUCAACAGAUUCAAACUGAUCAAACUAUUAUUGAUCCAUGGGGCAAACCUUAAAGUCAGGAACUGUGAGGGAUUGACACCCAUGGAAAGUGCUCUCAAAUGGCAGGAAAAAGCUAAAAACCUCCUAUAUUCUUUUAAAGAAGAUUAAACAGUCAGUCCCUGUAAAGCAUUGUCAUGAUAUUUCAAUAU